AAUUUUUUUAAAUAGAAAAUAUUACAAAUUUUUACUGUUGUACCUUCUCGUGACGCAAAUAUAGAUACAUUGUUUCGUACGUCUUCAUGGUUUUAUUUGAUUUGCGCAAUUGCGUUAUGUAAAGCAAGCAAUUCUAGAAAAUUGAAUUUGGUGGUGGGGUACCUCUUGAUCCAAAUCAACGGCCGCCUUAGUCCAGCUGCGAUGACUGUCCGUCCGACGUGUGCUGCUAUAUACGUUGCCCUCGCUAAUAGAUUCAGUUGCAGCUGGACGCGAAUGGCGCUUGACCAGAUAACACCAUGCAGUUGAUGGAAAAGAACUGGUUUUACGCCGAGGAGUCAAAGAUGUACUGGUUGCGAGUCCUGCUAAAAUUGCACAGAUGCCGCCGAUGAUUCUUAGGGACGAUUACAGUCACAAAUUCCAUGCGUCGUCUCACUUUUUAAAAUUACGUUUUAGCUUCUAGGAGCGUUGAUGUUUGUUUUACAAAAGGUCACGGCGGGCCGCCUCCUUGAAAACUUCUUAUGAAGACCAUCAAAUUACCAAUAGAGCGAAAAUAUUAAAGUGUCGCAAGAAUAGUGUACCUGUUGUCAGUCACUCGGACGAUAUUGAGACAAAAUCCCCAGCUCCAAAGAAGAGGUAUUGGUCAGUUCUCCGAAGAAUAACACAAAUGUCAUGAGUCCAGUUGCAAAUCGGGAAACCUGAGCUAAAUGUUCGUAAAUGAAGUUUCCUACACUGCGGAAUCAAACUUCAGCCAACUAAGAAGAAACAAAAGCACUGCAAGACGUGAUUGCAAUCAGGAACAGCACGUUCGUCCGAAAUGGCCACAGUUUGAAGAAGAGCUUUCUUUAAAAAAAGGCAAUGAAUUCUGGAAACCCAACGUAAUCAAGAUUCCACCUCGAACAGUUUGAGCGAGCUGUAUCCCUUCCUCCAAGCUCUGAACUACUUGGUUGGGCCAAAGUUAUUUGCUUUUGAAGUGCAAGCAAGUAUUCAAUCAAGUGUUUUAACUGCAACAAGGUUCUCGGUAAACCUCCGCCACAAUUAUUGGCAGAAAAUGAUGCGGAAUGUCCAGGUGAUGCUAGGGAUUCUUCUUACGCUCUGGAUAACAGCUGAUUCACAACUGAAAAAUCAUACGAAUGAUAUUAUUCAUGUCCUUAAUGAAGAAAGGAAAGUACUUUACAGUUACGCAGCUCCAUAUUUGCUUGAUAAUCCAUAUCCAGGAGUGGAAAAGUAUACGCACUACGAAAUGGCUCGCUUAGGGAUGCUGCCAUUAGUGAAUGUAAAACCACUCAUUCCUAAACUGGGCCCAGUCAUCAACGACGUCACGUCUUUCAAAUACCCCAUCACCGUUUCUUCGUGUAGAAGGAGCCCAACUAGUCGCAGUGUAUUCAUAGCUGUCAUUUCGGCAACAGAAAAUGUUCUGAAUAGGGAAAAAAUCCGUAAAACAUGGAAAAACCACGUCACCAUUGUCGUUGGAAAAGGUUUGCUGAGCAUGGCUCGUUUUGUCUUUGUUUUAGGGAUGACAAACGACAGUUUGUUGCAGAGCAAAAUUCGAGGGGAAAGCAUGCUUCAUGGAGAUAUCCUUCAGGUAGACAUUUUGGACUUUUACAGAAAUUUACCUUCUAAAAUGGCAGGGUUGUUGAAUUGGGUAAACGCCAAUUGCCCCGGAGUUGGUUUUUUGUUGAAAGCUGAUGAUGACAUCUGCGUCAACGUAUACAAUCUUGCAAAUAUUGUCCAAUCCUAUCAUCUGUCAGGCAAUUUGACAAUUUUCGGUUGCAGUCAUCAUGUUGGAAUACUUGCAUUUAACAACUGGGGUCCCAUGAGAGAGGGACAACACAAAAUCACAUUGGACGCUUGGCCGUGGUCAUCAUAUCCCAAUUACAUAAAUGGCCCCGUCUAUUUAUUGCACGGAAGUACAGUUCUUCCAUUAUUAGCUGCUAUUCAAACGACUCCCAUGAUUCCAUUCGAAGAUGUCUAUUUAACCGGAAUCUGCCCUGAAAAAGUCGGGAUCAAGACUUUGUUUUCUUCGGGUCCGACAAGUAUGUUAGCACUUGGAUCACUGUACAGUGAAUACGAGGCAAGGAACUAUCUAGCUUGGAACGACUGGAUGUCCUCGCUGCCCUACAAAAAAGUCGAUGAUCUUUACCGCGGUACUUCCGACAAUGUCACUGCUUCGGUCAAAUUCCAUUUCAGAAGCAAUUAUUCUACUUUUCCUUAAAGAAAAACAUUUGCUUGCAUGAAUGCGCAUGUAAAAAUUCAAACCAAUAAAUGUUUUCAACAAAAGUUUCGAUUUUCGAAACAACUUUACAGCAAUGCCAUUAUUAAGAAGUGGAAUAUUUUUGCCAUAUUUAACGAAAGGCAUUCUGGCAUUGCUGUAAAAAGUGUAGACUGUAAACGACGACGUUAUUUACUUAUUUUACAGAUCACAAGUGGAAAUCAAUUCCACAUUCUUCAGCUUCCCAGGCAGACACCUCUCCACAAAGUCAUGUAGUCAGAGUCCAAUGUGUGGAAUCUGAUAUUCUAGCCCUCGCAAUCCCAGCUGCCCUUUGCUUCAACAAGGAUCCCAAAUCAAGUCUACCCAGCGGAUGCCCCAUUAUACGUCCAAGCAAUCGUUACUUGCGGUCUUUCAGUGCCGGGAAUUUGUUAUGCAUGUAAUUACUCAACAAGGAAUUAGUUUUUUUCUGUUAAGGUGGAGAGAAGAAAUGUUCGCUUGGAGAAUCGGCAAAUGGUAUUACUGUUUACUACCCAUGGUGAGAGGGUAGACAAGAUUGCAGAAGGGUUGCGUUGGGUCGCAAAAUAUUCGCGCCAUAUUAUUUCCGCUAUUGCUGCUUGAAGUUCAGUUCCAUGAUUUGACUGAAAAUGGACGAAAAAUGUUACAUAACUUCUUGUUCGACAUCUGUGGAUUGCAGGGCACGUGCAUUGGCCAGUGUCGUAGUAUCAUACGACACCAGCCCCCCCUCUCAAAUUAAUUCAAUCGAAGGGGCUGUUGCAGUGGCAGUCGACAGUAGUAUAGUUCAUGAAAAAUUGCGAUUUUGAUCAAAUCCGACUUUUGGCUAAAAACACGUCAUUUCAACCGCAAAUUUGAUAAGGAUCGCUAAAAUCCUACUCGUUUUGUUAUGGGAUCACUAUUUCCGGAGAUGUUGGCUACUUCCGGAAUUUUUUCAUGGCAGUCUGCAAAAAGUAAAAAAUAAGCUGUAAUAUCCUAAUAAUUUUAAGUAAUUUUAUGGUGUGUGCUUCGGUGUAGCGCUUUUUUCCCCUAUUUUUGCCGCUAUAUACAGUAGUAGUUGCUUUUCGACGGCUACGAAAUGUUAAACGGUAUUCUGAUACUAUAAUUUAAUUUUCUUUUGUAUUGCGCAAAAAGGUCAAAAUAAUAGUCUGAAAGCAGUGAAGUUACUUGCACUUACGAGCAAGACUUAUGCUCCAAUUAAUAGUUUUAUUUUAUUUUUUAAAAUUUGGGUUACAGCAUGGCUUACAGGUAGGAAAACUAGAUGACGCUGCUGUGCUCAUACAUGAUUGAUCACCUGUAACGAGAAAAUCGGUGUUUGACUGUUUGUAGUGUCUUCAAAAUGUUUCUUAACUGUGUUGUUUUUAUUGGAUUCUUCAUUAGAAAAUCAUGGAUUUCCCUUGUUCUCAGCUAUUGAAGCUGCAGGUCUGAAAACAGUCAGCUUCCUGAGUUCCACUUUUCCAUUAAGCUAUUAUCACUGCGUAAAACUGCAAGUUAUUUCAGCCUACUAAAUUACACGAUCUUUGAUGGAGAUCAUCCUAAUGGAACUAAAUGCAUCAGUGAUUCGGACACUGAAGGAAGGUGCAAAAUUGUCAUUCAACCAUGGGAUUACAAAUAGUAUAUUUAUUUGUCAUACACCUUUGUGAUAUAAUUUUCCCUUUUAGAACUUUGAAAUCUUUAAUCUUGUGUUUUUGGAUUCAAUUCCGACAUGAGUAAGCUAAUAUUCUUAAGCAUCUGCAGAUGUAAUUGUUACCAUUCGCGUGUGUAAAGAAAUAAUAUUUUUUCAUCUAACUUGAAAUAUAUUUACAUGAUGGUUACAAGUA